AUUGCAUCUUUUAGAGCCGAUUUAUUGUCACUUUGACAUCAAUUGAGUGAAAGGCAAUCAUUUACCAUUGCUGUGAGGCAGUGAUUUUUUUUUGUGCGAACCUAAGAUAAUCCAUCUCGGGGGUAAAUAUUUGGCGAUGGAUUGGAAGUGGUGUGUUGUCUUUGUGGCAUGUUAUUACUCCUCGUUGCCGGUUGACGCACAGCUGGGAAUUCCCAAUAACUACAUUUGUACAGAGGACUUCUGCGAUAACUACCUCGAAAACAAUCCAUGUGAGGGUAUGAAAACCGCUUGCAAAGCACAGAACGCAACUCACAAUGGCAUCAUUAUGCCAUCAAUUAGUCCCUGCUCGUGUUGUCAAAUGUGUAUCGAGAACCUGAAGCUGGGAGAUGAUUGUUCUGUAGGUGGAUUGGGUUCGCCCGUGCCCACAGGAAUAUGCGGUGCAGGGCUGUACUGUACCGUGGUUGAGGGGGAGGAGCAUCCUACAUGUCAGCCAAUGCAUCACUCCAGUGAAUGCUUCAAGGCACAGAAAACAUUUGACGAGAAACGACAAGACGGCACCAUCGGUCAUUUAAUGCAAAGACCCGAAUGUGAUGCAGAUGGAUUAUUUGGACCCGUUGUCUGUAUUCCUGGACAAACUUGUUACUGUAUCGAUGAAGACGGAAAUCGUAUUUUCGGGGAAGCAGUUCACACAGCUGGUAUUCAGAUAUCGAUGCGAUGCGAAUGCUCUAGACUGGCGGCGAAGGCACAGAAGUUACUUAACUCACGUUACCCAAUUCUGACAUCACGAUGCGAUUACAAAGGUUCUUUUGAUCAACUGCAAUGCGUCGAUGACAUUUGCACUUGUGUUGAUAUGCACAGCGGAGAGCCCACCUCCGAUCGGAAGAAUAUUACUCGGGGGCUUGCAGGACUACCUUGUUUUAACAAGCGCUAUCAUGAUAAUUCGACAUAUCUGAGAGAAUGUGAAUUGGUGAAACUAAAUCAGCUGCGUGAGAUUCACGAGUACGAGACCCUGGGCUUCAACGUUUUGGAGUUCGAUACGGACAUAUGCCAACCGGAUGGAUGGUUCAACAUAGUUCAAGUGAAUGAAACUCAUAAAUACUGUGCUAACCGGGAUGGAAGCGCACUAGAGCCAUAUAGUAUCAGUCGACAUUCACCGGGAGCUGCGAAAAUGAACUGCAAAUGUGCACGAGCACGAAAGCUUCUCAUGGAGAAUAAUAGCUUGGAGCUCCCGGAAUGCUGCCCUAAUGGAAACUAUAAACCAUUGGCGUGCCGAAGAGGUCAAUGUUACUGCGUCGAUGAGGACGGAAAUCAACUUGGAAUAGAAAAACCAGCGAAGCACAUGGACCAGCUAGAAUGUUAUGAUGCCGUGGAUCCAUGCGCAACUGCUUAAAUAUAUUUAAUUAGGAUACAUUAUUAUUUAAUUAAUGAUCAAAAUGAAUACUUUAGUUGAAAAAUAAGAAAUUUUUCAUAAAAGGUUAGAAAUUGCGACAAAAAGAUUAUUAUAGUAGCAAUUAAUGAA